GGCAACAACUUGGUUACUUGUCGACAAAAUAGUUUGUACUGUUAAUGCUUUUCUUUCUUCUCGUGACUAUGAACCAAUACUAGUCUAUUCCUCUAUUUUUCCAAUUAAUCUCCUCAUAUAAUUGAUCUUUGUAUCACUCCAAAUCCACUGCCCCUCAGUCUAUGAGCAAAUGGCUACCAUUAUCUCUAUUGUUUUUAUCCUCCAAAUAUGCUUUCAGAAUUGUCUAGUUCUUGCUAGUCCAAUUCUUGGCCAAAUUAGUAGAGAAACAUUGGAGAUAAUCAUCGGUGGAGGUGGUGGUAAUUCUCCACCACCACCUCUCCCGGAUAAUCAAGAUUGUCCCCCACCCCCUCCACCACCCGAACCUCCUUGCCCUCCGCCACCAUCACCACCAUUGCUCUUCUUUGAAAGUAAACGUGUCGAGAUCGCCUAUCAUGUUAUCCAAAAGUUUAAGGCCAAAAUCAAGCAUGACCCCCUUGGCAUUACGACCACAUGGGUUGGCUCUGAUGUUUGUAACAAGUACAAGGGUUUCCAUUGUGCAGUGGUUCCUAACUAUAAGGUUCAAUCAUUAGCUGCGGUGGACUUUAAUCAAUUCAAGUUUGAUGGCCCUGACCUCACUCUUGAUGGCUUUCUUGAUGAACUACCAGACAUAACAAUCUUUCAUGCAAAUUCCAACAAGUUUAAAGGCACAAUCCCAAAAAAAAUCGCCAAUCUUCGUUACCUCUAUGAGCUAGACCUUAGCAACAACAAUUAUAAUGGUGAAUUCCCAUAUAACGUUCUUAAUGCCAAGAACUUAUAUUUCUUGGACCUUAGGUUCAAUAUGUUUUCCGGGGUAGUUCCGCCUCAAGUUUUCUUGCUAAACCUUGAUGUUCUGUUCAUCAACAACAACAAUUUAAUGCAGAAACUUCCUGCUAACUUGGGAUCAACUCCAGUUCUUUACUUAACUUUAGCCAACAACAAAUUCACUGGUCCAAUUCCCCGUAGCAUUGGCCAAGCGUGUAAAACAUUACGUGAAGUACUGUUCUUGAACAACCAGCUCACUGGGUGCUUGCCUUAUGAAAUUGGGCUUUUAAGUAAGGCCACUAUUUUCGAUGUGAGCAAAAAUCAGUUAACUGGGAUAAUACCUCUUUCAUUUGGAUGUUUGGCUAAGAUGCAGAUACUGAACUUGGCACAAAAUCAGUUCUAUGGUGCUGUGCCUGAACUGCUGUGCAAGCUGUCCAACUUGAAGAAUUUGUCACUACCAUAUAAUUACUUCACAAAGGUUGGGCCAGAAUGCAAGAAGUUAAUUCAAAGAAAGGUUCUUGAUGUAAGGAUGAACUGCAUUCCAGGCUUGCCAAUGCAAAGAUCUGCAGGGGAAUGUUCAGUGUUCUUCUGCAAGCCUAGAUCUUGUCCUGAUGAAAAGUCAUUGGGAUUGUUUCCCUGUAGCAUUGACAGUUUUAAGAAGAAUCAACUGGACUCAAAUGAGCCUGCUCCAGCGCCAAGAACUUACAGUGCUUUGAAACCCCAUUCCUUGUAAAUACUCUCUUUUCCAUGUUUUGCAUAGCAUUUAUUAAACUAUGGGAGCAGUAAAUGUAAAUUUGGCAACUUCCUAUAUUUAUACAGACAUACUAUGUUGAAAUUA